ACAGAUUUCGAUCGAAUUGUGAGUUAUCAGCCGGUGAGACAGAAAAAGGGGAGCUUAUUAGGGGCUAUAAUAAUAAUGGCCACCCAAGACAGAAGUUUCAACUCCUCAAGACCAUUAUACCUGACCGCUGUUGAUUGGAGAAACCCACACCACCGUAAAUCCGUUGUUGCUAGCUUGGUUCAGGGAGUGUACAGUCAAGAACACGACCGCCAAGGCCAUCAAGCACUUGCCCCUCCCUGGUGGGAAUUCUUCAAUUUUCAGUUAUCUGACGUGUUGGUUGACAACAAUGAUCGCUCGAUCUUUGGUGCCAUUUACGAGUUCAAAUCCCCACCUCCCUACGGUCACCACAAUCCACUCCACAUCCCUCCAAGAUACGUGGUUGCCUUCCGUGGCCCGAUGAUCAGAUGGGAGACCAUAUUACAGGACCUCACGUUGGAUUUCAAGGUCAUUCGAAAUACGCUGAAACAGAGCACCCGCUUUCAGCAAGCAAUGGAAGCUGUGGAAUACACAGUUUCCAUAGCCGGAGCCGCAAACGUGUGCUUUGCCGGACAUUCCUUGGGUUCGGCCAUGGCACUGCUAGCUGGAAAGAACAUGGCUAAAAUGGAAUGUUUACUGGAAACAUACCUCUUCAACCCUCCGUUCAUUCGGAUCAUGCGCAGUGUUAUGACAGCUGGAGUUACAAUUGCUCUAAGUCAAAGGCCUCAAAGGGGUGACUGGUUUGCUGCAUUAUCGCAGUGGAUUCCGCACCUUUUUGUGAAUCCGUCCGAUCCUAUUUCUGCAGAGUAUGUUAGGUAUUUUGAACAAAGGGAGUGGAUGGAGGCGAUUGGACUCGGAGCUAUUGAACCAUUGCAUCUCCUUCCUUCGGCGUAUCUGAUUAUUAAUGGGAGCCCCGUUCAGGGUCUUAGACAGGCGCAUGGGCUAGAGCAAUGGUGGAAGCCGAAUAUUCAAUACUGGUCCCAGCUUUACCACCCGAUGGGUAAGUGA